CAGGUCGACACUGGAUUUGCGGAAAGACUUAAAAAUUUAAAAGCAGUGCUAUGCCACCAAUAUUGGAUCCGGUAGGAAUGGUGCAGCAAUCUUAUAAUGAUGAAUUCCUACGAACUCCACAUCGUGCUUUCGUUUCUUCUUCUGCUUUCUAUCACCUUGUCCUCUGUUCUUGCUGGAAUGGACUCUUGUUAUGAUGAGCAGGGCAACAUGAACCGCUGCCUGCCUAAAUUCGAGAACGCAGGCUUUAAUCGUUCCGUGAUUGUUUCCAACGUGUGUGGCAUCCCGCCCGAGGAUUAUUGUAUGCAGACGGGCUCCACGCAAUCUUGUCACCACUGUGACGCCUUCGACUCGGAACUGAACCACAAUGCCACUUACCUGACGGACUUCCACAUAGAUGAAGAGCACACCUGGUGGCAGAGCCAGUCUAUGUUCUAUGGAGUUCAGUAUCCUAAUUCAGUCAAUAUCACUCUGCAUCUUGGCAAGGCCUUCGAGAUCACAUAUGUCCGUUUAAAAUUCUACUCCAGCCGACCGGAGAGCUUUGCAAUCUACAAGCGUACAGAAGAGAAUGGACCAUGGCAACCGUACCAAUACUACAGCGCUUCCUGUCGCAAGACUUAUGAGAGGGACAACAAAGGCUUCAUACGACCAGGAGAUAAUGAGAGGACGGCCCUCUGCACAGACGAGUUUAGUGACAUCUCUCCACUAGCUGGUGGAAAUGUGGCCUUCUCAACAAUAGAGGGACGACCCAGUGCCUACAACUUUGACCAGAGUCCUGUGUUACAGGAUUGGGUGACAGCUACAGAUAUCCUCAUCUCUCUGGACAGACUGAACACUUUUGGAGACGAGUUCCUCAAAGAUGCCAAAGUGCUGCGCUCAUAUUUUUAUGCCAUAUCUGACUUCUCUGUGGGGGGCAGGUGCAAGUGUAACGGUCACGCCAGUGAGUGUGUAACCAAUGAGGAGGGACGUCUGAUGUGUGCUUGUGAGCACCACACCGCUGGGGUCGACUGUGAGCGUUGUGCACCAUUCUACCAGGACCGCCCGUGGGCACGGGCCACUGCUGAUUCAGCCAACCAGUGUGUGAAUUGUAACUGCAGCGGUCUUGCCGAUGAAUGCGUCUUUGAUGUGGAGCAGUACCGCAGCACUGGCAGUGGGGGGCGCUGUGUUGGCUGCAGGGGAAACACAGCUGGCCCUCACUGUGAGAGAUGCAUAGAGAACUUUUACAGAUCCUCACCACGACAGCCCUGCCAGAACUGCAGCUGUAAUGUUAUGGGUUCUGUGAGUUUGCAGUGUGAUGCAGAGGCAAAAUGUUUGUGCUGGCCAGGUGUGUCUGGUGUGAAAUGUGACAUUUGCAAAUCUGGUUUCCAUUCUCUGGGCCCUGGUGGAUGCAGGUUGUGUGAAUGUGAUGAAAGGGGCAGUGGGGGAGUGUGUUCAGCUGAAGAUGGACGCUGCCACUGCAAGACUAAUGUGGAAGGACAUUCUUGCAACAGGUGCAAACUAGACUCCUUCAACCUUCAGCUGGAGAAUCCAGAGGGCUGUAAGAAAUGCUUUUGUUUUGGCCACUCCCUUGCCUGCUCAUCCUCCAAUCAGCACACGGCUGUCCAGAUUACUUCAAACUUUCUAGAAGAUCCAGAUGGCUGGAGGGGUGUAUUAACCGGAGGGCAAGAACACUCCCUGAUCUGGAAGGAGGGAGAAGUUUAUCUGUUGCCUGAGAGAGAGGAGAAUGGCUUCUAUAAAGCCCCUGAUAAAUUUCUGGGGAACAUGUUGCUAAGUUACGGGCGGACCCUUAGCGUGUCAUUUACGGCUGAGCUGGAAGAGCUUCUGCCCAGAAGUGUGACCGUGGUGUUGGAAAGCUCCGUAAUAUCUGUUGCUGCUGAUUUAUAUCCUCCACAAAAGCCUCGUCGCUCAUUGGACAAGACGGCCAUCAACUCCUUCACUCUCAGGUUGACAGAGAGGGAUGUCCAGCCAUCUAUAUCCCAGUAUGAGUUUCUCCAAAUGCUCUACAAUCUGACUGCUCUACAUAUCAGUAAUGCAGGGGGCCAAAAUUACACCUCUCAACUCUUCAUGGUAACCCUUGAAUCUGCAGUCCAGGUAAAUGAUGUGGCAGGACAUGAUCCACCUGCUCCAUGGGUGGAAAUGUGUUCAUGUCCCACAGGAUUCACAGGACAGUUCUGUGAGCUCUGUGCUUCUGGAUUCACCAGGGAGACCCCUAAUGGUGGACCCUUCUCCUCGUGUGUACCCUGCAACUGCAAUCAACAUGGGAACUGCCAUCCUGAAACAGGUGUAUGUGAAUGCACAGAUUUCACCACUGGCCUUUAUUGUGAGCGUUGUCAAGAUGGUUACUAUGGCUACUCUUUUAAUGGCAGCCCGGGCGCUUGCUCACCUUGUCCUUGUCCAGAUCAUACCACCUGCUCCCAGGUGCCAGACACAGGGGAUGUGGUUUGUACCAACUGCCCAACUGGCCAGAGAGGUGUUCGGUGUGAACUGUGUGAUGACGGUUUUUAUGGGAAUCCUCUGGGCUGGGGCGGUGAAGUUCGGCCGUGUGUGAGGUGUGAGUGUAACGGGAACGUGGAUCCCAACGCGGUGGGUGUGUGUGAUCAUAUGACCGGACGCUGUCUGAAGUGUGUGAGACAUACAACUGGAGACCAUUGUGAAAAAUGCAGAGCGGGUUACUAUGGAAACGCUUUGGAUGAUGAGGUCAGACCAGAGCAAAAGUGCAAACCUUGUGCCUGUAAUGUUGCUGGUACCUCAGUUCAUUUGAAUGACUGCCACCCAGACACAGGAAGUUGUGUUUGCCUGAGUCACGUGACAGGAAGGGACUGUGGACAAUGUGAGGUUGGGUACUUCAACCUUCAGCCAGGCUUGGGCUGUGAGAUGUGUAACUGCCAUCCUAUUGGCUCCUCCUCUUCAGCGUGCCAUCCAGUCACAGGCCAGUGUAUUUGUCGGACAGGUGUGGAAGGGAUGUCAUGUGACUCUUGUCGAACUGGCUUCUUUGGUUUCUCUUCUAGAGGCUGCAGAGCCUGUAAUUGUGACCCCAUGGGCUCGACCUCCAUGCAGUGCUACCACAACGGGACGUGUUCUUGUCGUCAGGGGAUUGUUGGUUAUAAGUGUGACAAGUGUGAAAGGAACUACUACCAGAACCGCCUGACCCACCAAUGUGAAGAGUGUCCAGUUUGCUAUAGUCUAGUCAGAGAUCAGGCCAUUAAACUCAAAGCCAAACUGCAAGAGCUGGAGACACUUCUCGCCAGCUAUGACUGCAACAGAUACAGUCGCCAGCAUCCCUGGCGCCAGCCACAUAGACACCAACAUAACCGCCUGGACAAUCACAUACAGAAAGAUCAGGAUGAAGACUUCCUCCCGAAUGCCCUGGAGGACCUUAUUGCAAUUCAAGAGGCUCGCGAGGCCUUUGUUAGGCAGUUCUCACAGCUGGAAACAUCUGCGCAGACUUUACAGCUACAGCUGCGCAGCAUCACUGCGGCAUUGAACUGCAACCUCACAGAUGUUGUUGAAGAAUCCGAGAAAAACAAGACUUUGAACAGUGAAGAUGGAUGUCGGGAGCUUGUUGACGCGUUAUCGGCUGCUGUGAAUAUGCAGGAGCAGCUUCAGAAGAUGACUAAUGACCUUAACAGCAUGGUCAUUCCUUCUGUCAUCCCAAAAGAGCCAAACAAAUGGAACGCCGCUGUGAAUGAAUCUAAAGUACUAGUUAAAAGUCAUACAGACAUGGCUGCACAUAUAGAACAGAUUGCAGAAGAUGCUUUCCAAGUGUCUAACAGAGCCCAUUCUCAACUCAUCGCUCUGCUAGAAGACAACUCAACAGAGUCCCACAUACAAGAUCUUAAAGUCAAUCUGGUGGAGAUGCAACAGUUGAAGGAGAAUCUGACUCGAGAGGUUAAUGAGACUCGAGUGAAAAACCUGUCACUUCAGAAGCACAACUCUGAGAUUGUCGCUCUUUUAAAGAACAUCAAGACUUCCAUAUCAGAGCUGCACAGAACCGAUGUCAAUUUCACCUUUACGACAGAGGACACCAAUAUAACAUUCGUCUCACAAACACUUAAUGAAACAAAUUUUGCAACAACCCCGGAUCCAAAACUCAUCCAGACCGAGGCCCUGAGGAACAUAACAGCAGAGUUGGACAUUACGGUUCAGUCCACAGAGCAUCUGUUUAACAAGACUACAGAGGAAAUUCAUCCUCUUGUGGAUAGUGCUGAAAAACACCUGAAAACUGUUCAAGAGCUCAAGCAGCUGACAAGUGUGGCUGAAGGAUUUAAGGUGUCAGCCAUCUCCUCUGUGGUGACAGGGAAAGAGAUUGAGGAGGAGAUCCUGUCUCUGCAAAAUGAUCUAGAAGACAUUGAGCGGGAAUGGCCUCGAUUGCCCACCCUCAACAAAGAGUUUCUAAAGAAAGAGAAGGUGAUUAAGGAGAAGAUCCUGGUGGACGUGAAGAAAAAAGUCAAGCAAGGAGGAAGAAUGAUCAAAACUGCUGCGGAGAACGCCACGGCCGCUAACAGCACAGCUAAAAGUACUGAAGAGUCUGCAGAUGCAUUGGCUAAAGCUGCCAAAGCGUCCUUCACACAGGGAAAGCGGACAAAACAAGCAUCUGCACAGUUGAGCUCAGUGCUUGAUGUCACAUUGGAGCAGCUGACCGAGCUGGAAGGCCAAGCUGGAGAGAAGCAGGAAGUCAUGCUGGUUGAGGAGGAUUUGCUUUCCUCAAAGAGUGUCAUGAGCAAUAUGGAGACGGCAAGAAGUCAGCUGCAGUCAUUUACAGAAAUUUUAUCCGAGCUCCUUAAAAACCUGGAUGAGAAAGUUGCACUACAGAACUUUGACCACACCUUAAACGCCACAGCAGCCCGUCUUCGUGUUCUCAAAGCUGCUGUGGAGAGCCCGGCACUCACAGGAAAGAUCCAGGAACUUCACGGUGCUGCACACAGUCAAGAGAAACAGCUGCAAAGUCUUGAAGAAAACCUGCAGGAGAUUCGAGAAGAAAGAAACAGUCUGGCCGACAUCGCCCAGAACUUGCCCAAAUGCCCUCAAAGUGGGAAUUGAACUCAUGAGAGGGCAGAUAGGAAGCAGAAGACAAGACUAUAUAUUUCUAUGAAGAAUUUUAUUAUAUUGAGUCUUUCCAAAAGACAUUGACAUGACUUAAGGGAAAGAGUCAGUAAUCCCCAUUUGAUGUCCUCAUUUAACUCUGUCAUGACUAUAACGGUUGCAAAUUGAAAAUAUAAGGGACACAUUAAAUUGUCAAUAAUUUACUGUUCAAUAGGUUUGGAGAUUGAGUGAGUUAAUGCUGAUUUAUUUUUCACCCUUGGAUUCACUGUAGCACUUCAAAUAAAAUCAUAAUGUCCGUGUUUCUAUA